AUGUUACGCAGCUUGAAGAGGGCCCAUGCCUGUUACAGCACAAACACACUGCAACAAGUCUGGAAUAAAGAGCUGGUGAAGGGGGUGCGUUAUAGUAUCACAGCAGAGAUUGGACGGACACAGUGUAAGAAAUCUGAAGUGCUACAGGAUUCAAAUAAUUGUGAAUUCUUCCCGGACUCCAAAAAACAGAAGUCGGAGGUGUGUUUAUUUGAAGUGUGGAACGUUCCCUGGCAGAACAAAUCCACUUUACUCAAACAGAAAUGCCAGCCUGCAGUUCCAGUUCAGGAGACCCAAAAGGUCGUGAGAGUACAUCUUUCCCAUGACAAGCCAAGCAAGGAAAAUGUUGGGCUUCUGAUGCAGUUUAAAGAAUUCAUAAUCAAGUACAAUCGCACAUACAGCUCUCAAGAAGAGGCUGAGAAACGCCUGGGAAUUUUCCAGCAGAAUCUGAAAACAGCACAGACCCUGCAGUCUCUGGAUCAAUGAACGGCUGAGUAUGGUGUUACCAAGUUCAGCGACCUUACAGAGGAUGAGUUUAGAAUGAUGUACCUGAACCCCAUGCUAAGCCAAUGGAGCCUGCAAAAACAGAUGAAGCCAGCAGCUCCAGCUAGUACAACAGCGCCGGCAAGCUGGGACUGGAGAGAGCAUGGAGCUGUCAGCAUUGUCAAGAACCAGGGCAUGUGCGGCUCCUGCUGGGCUUUCUCCGUCACAGGGAACAUUGAAGGCCAGUGGUACAAGAAAUCCGGACAGCUUCUGUCCCUCUCAGAGCAAGAGCUGGUGGACUGUGAUAAACUGGAUCAUGCCUGUGGAGGUGGACUUCCAUCCAAUGCAUAUGAAGCUGUUGAAAACCUUGGAGGUCUGGAAUUGGAAACAGACUACAGCUACACAGGACACAAAGAAAGGUGUGACUUUAACUCUGGAAAAGUGGCGGCCUACAUUAACAGCUCUGUGGAACUGCCCAAAGAUGAAAACGAUAUCGCUGCGUGGUUGGCUGAGAAUGGUCCUGUCUCUGCUGCUCUCAAUGUUUUUGCAAUGCAGUUCUAUAAAAAUGGAGUGUCACACCCUCUGAAGAUAUUCUGCAACCCCUGGAUGAUUGAUCAUGCUGUGCUACUUGUUGGAUUUGGAGAACGUAAUGGAAUUCCAUUCUGGGCUAUUAAGAACAGCUGGGGAGAAGACUACGGUGAGCAGGGUUACUACUACCUGUACAGAGGAUCCAGACUGUGUGGGAUUAACAAGAUGUGUUCAUCUGCACUCAUUAAUUAAGAAUCUAUAUGAGCUUAUGAGUGCACACAAACAUAAACACAAACACACAAGAACAUUCACAGAAACACACUUACCAUAAGUUAUUA